AUGGUCGAGGCGACGGAGGCCCUGAGGAUGGCCGACGAGGUCUAUCAGAACUUCCUGGUGUGGCUUAGAGAACGCCAGCAGUCUCGACCGCAGCCAACCCGGACAGCACCCAACGUGCAGGGUCAGCGCGAAAUAAUAGGCCGACUUCAGUCUGCGAUCGCUCAAUCUCGUCACUACGAGGACUUUGAACUGCAGGAUGCAGCACGUGACGCUAUCCCGGUGGAUGAACUCCACGAACAAGCUCAGUCGGAGGUGAAAGCGAAUGCCGACCUGCAUUUCCAUGAUCAGUUGGUCAAGGCUUUGUUGAGAUGGUUCAAAACAAAGUAUUUCACGUGGGUCAACGCGCCGGAAUGUCAGUUCUGUAAGAGCUCAACAACUGGAGUAGGGGGAGCUCAGCCAACACCCACAGAGGCGAGCUAUCAAUGCGGGAGGGUAGAGCUGUAUAAAUGCACCGCAUGCUCGAAAGAGACGAGGUUCCCUCGCUACAACGACCUGCGGAAACUGAUGGAGACCAAGUCAGGGCGAUGCGGCGAAUGGGCGAAUGUGUUCUGCUUGUUCGCGAAAGCGAUGGGUUUCGACGCUCGUUACGUGCUGGACUUCACCGACCAUGUAUGGACAGAGAUCUACAACGAUCGGGAGAAGCGAUGGAUAAACUGCGAUUGCUGCGAGGGAGAUGGAUCCUAUGACCAACCACUGAUGUACGAGGCAGGCUGGGGAAAGAAGCUGACCUACAUCUUCAGCAUCGGUCCUUACGAGGUCGUGGACGUCAUCCACCGCUACACCGCCAGACCAGACGAAACGUUCGCGCGUCGGACUCUGGUCGACGAAGCUUGGUUAUCACAGCAAGUAAAAGUUUUAACCCAUGCUCUCCGCGAAGGGCUGCCACCAAGCAUGAUCGCCGAACUGGAAGAACGUGAUAAGGCGGAGGAGACGCAGCUGAAGGGCGCGCCGAAAGUCGAGCAUCCUGAGGACCUUGUUGGACGACAAUCGGGGUCGGUGGAGUGGCGGGCGACGAGGGGUGAGAUUGGGAAGAGCGGGGAGGGGCAGAAGGACGAUGCGGCGAAGGAGGAACAUGAUGAUACGGUUUAG